AUGGUAUUAUUUUGUAAGGUUGCCCAUUACACUAAUGUUUUUUUAUGUACAAAGGACACUGUGUCCUUGGUUCUGAAUUUCUUUGCUCCUGUGUGUUUAAAUCACAGUUCUGAAAUACAAUCCAAGGAACUGGCAUUUAAUUUUCUUUCUGGUAAUGAUGGUGAUACCUCACACAGAUUUGAACAGAUGAGGGCAACAGAAACGGGCAAUCAUUCUAUAAACGAAUGUAGCAUGGACAUCAUUUCAAACAACCAGGAGCUGUCGGAGGAUUUGGGACAAGGAAAUACUGCAAGAUUUGAAAAGCUUGUAUUGUGUCGAUAUGGAUGA